AUGACCGCACUAUUUUCAGACGAUAAACUGUAGGGUGCAUGGUGUUCGUGUUGUGAAGUGAUGGCGACGUUCACAAGUACAGGGACUACUCCAGCAGUAGCUGACAUGAACUCGUAUAGGAACGCCGCAGCACCUGCUAACACUGUCCACAACAAUACUUCACCGGGAAAUCAUGCUGUGAACUUUCACACACCAACGAAACGAGAUGAAGUGCAUGAACAGAAACAGAAAUAUUUUACAGCAAAAUAUGGAGCACAGCAAAUGGUUUUAAUUCGAAAGAGACUUAAAGUGGAAGAUUGGGUUGACGAUCAGUUAAGGGAUUUAUAUGACUGUGAAGAUGAUGCUGAUACUUAUGACUGUGAAAUAGAUUUGGAUGAAGUUUUAGAUUUAGAUACAGAUAAUGAGAAAAGACAAUUUAUAUGGGAAAAAGUGUCAAAUGCACCGCAGUCUCAAGAAGUGCUGUCUAAAUUUAUUGAAGAACUGUUAGAAAGGACAAAGACGUUAUAGAACUUGAUAAACCACCAUUAUGGAUUAAACAAUGGACUGAUGUAUUACUGGGAAUCCACUGUAUAUAACCAAGAGUUGACAUCUUCAGAACUUAAUUGACUCCUAGCUAUGUGGACAUGGAUCAGAUACGUUUCAUAUGAUUUAAUUUUUUCUGAAAAAGCAUGAAUUUGCUGUUCUCUGUAUCUCAGAAAUCCAUUAAAGUUCUUUAUCACCUCUUGUGGUCAGAUUAUUUGCUUACAACACUAAUAU